UCCGCGAGCCGUUUCUGUUGGGUGCGAUUCUUGGGCUUUUCUGAGCCGUGAGUUUCCCCCUGUACUGCCGCCGGUCUUCCCCCAACUGCAGCUUCGGUUUUUGGCUGGAUUUCCUGGUUUUGAUCGUUCUGUCACUGUAGCACUUGGAUUAGCCUUAUGUUCUGUGCGAGUGAGGUAAGUAAAUUAUGGUAAAGCCCUUCGAUUUUAAAGCAUGUUUUAAACUGUUUUUGAGAUGGUGGCAAGGUUUAAAGUGAUUUUAAAUUGAUUUUAUCAGCAUAUGAAUGUGAUUAAACUGAAAUGGAAAUUGUGAUGGUUUUCAUGAGAAUUUCACUGUUUUCUGGAAUUGAACAUGUUUGGAAUGAAAGUGAGAAUUUCAUUGUUUUUUUGGAGUUAUUGCACCGAGCAUGAUUGGUUUGAAAUGAAACUGUUUUCAUUGGUAUUGAGUACAGCAUGCCUAUUUGGAAUUGACUGAACUGUUUUGAUGAAUUGAGAGUUUACAAAUUCUGAGUUUUCUGAUAAAUCCAUGCCCACAUGGAUUUUUCUGGUUAUUUCUGAAAUUGGGAUUGAUUGUGAAAUUCGGGUCCUCUGUAAACUCUGCAUGGUUUUGUCUCAGAUAUAUGGGAGGUUUAUAAACGCUGGCCAUGACUUAUAGAUGAGACUACUGAACUGAGUUUUAUUCUGCAUGAACGGUUUGCCAUGAAGGCUUUGAUAUUGAACUGAAUUUGAUUCUGUUUUAAUGGUUUAUCAUUGAAAGUUCUGAUUUCCGCAUUAAUGGUUUAUCUGGCAUGCUUCAAAGUUUUACCCAAGGGCUAUCCAUAUUUACUUACUGAGUUAUCUCAUAGUUUUCCUUGUCCACCAUUUCAAGAAGCAAAACUGAGGACGGGGAAACUGAGGACGGGGAAACCGAGGGGAGUGACGAGAUAGAAGGCUAGCCAUCUUGUAAAGUGAAUAUAGAUUUGAGAUGUAGAUCGUGAUCUUAAGAGUUAGAGUGUAUGUGGAGAUUUUUGAUAUCAGAGCAGAUUGUAAGGAUUUUAUCUUGAGAUUUUUGUGGUAUCAGAUGUGAAUUGGAUAAGUUUCGAGCCUUGUGCACUUGUGGGACCCGUCUCACAAGUGUACGGCGUUUGCCACGUUCUUGGAUUUGGGUUCUGGGGCGUGACACCACUACCGGUCCGGAAAAAUUAUU